UGAACCAAUUUGGCGGUGUGAAAGUUUGAAAAGAAGAUCUCAAGAAGGCGAGAAAUUUCAGUGUAAUUCUUAAGGAUCUUUGAUUGCUCAACAAUUCAAGAUGAAAUUCAUAGGGUCGUUGUUUGGAAUCAGGUCGCCCAAGACCAUGGGCAAACAGUACAUGAAAGUGGGAAGAAACGCUCUUUUCGGUUUAGGGACAGAUCAACGUGAUAGCCUGUGCUCGGACAAGGUCCCUAAACCCCUGUCAUUUCUUCUUACUAAGAACGGGAAACUUAAACACGGUAAAAUUUCGGCAAUUCUUAUAGGAAUUCUGACGCUUGUGAUCGGUAUUAUCUUAAGUAGUAUACCUUGGGUGGACUAUGUUAUUUUAAAGCAAUUACGGCUAUGGAAUGGCUCCCUUUCUUUUCAAUACUGGCAAAAGCCCGGUGUAGUCCGAUUAACCAAAGUAUAUAUAUUCAAUGUAACAAAUACCGAAAAUUUCUUACAAUUCCACGAGAAACCUAAGCUACAGGAAGUGGGACCAUUUGUUUACAGGGAAGACAUGGAAAAAGUAAAUAUUGUUUUCCAUAACAAUGGCACUGUAAGUUAUCAACACAAGAAAAUAUUAAACUUUGUACCAGAGUUGUCGCAGGAUAAAGAAAUGAGACUAAUGGUACCGAACAUUCCAUUACUAACUCUGUCAACGCAAAGCAAGAGUCUACCUCGAUUUAUUACUCUAGGAUUAUCCAUGUUUUUGAGCGGGAUGCACAUGAGUUCGUUUGUUCCUGUAACUGCACAGGAACUUGUUUUCGGAUAUGACGAUCCAUUAGUUAGUAUUGCACAUCGAUUUUUUCCAAAAACGCGGCGCCCCAUGAGUCAAAUGGGUCUUCUUCUUGGAAGAAAUGGUACGAUAAACGAAAUAUCUACCAUUUUCACAGGGCAUACCGACAUGAAGGAAUUUGGUUUAAUAAAUCGAUUAAACGGAUUAGAUCGACUACCUUAUUGGCCAAAUGCGCCUUGUAAUUCUAUUCGAGCUUCGGAGGGUUCUUUCUUUCCACCUCGUGAAAAAACCGGGGCUGAUAUUGUUCAUUUGUGGGAUAAAGAUAUUUGCCGCACUUUGCCUUUGCAAUAUCGUGGACCUACUGAAAAUUCAGGAAUUAAGGCGGAUUAUUAUACUCCCCCUGACAUGGUGUUUGGACGACCUAACAAAACGGCUUUUGAAAAUGAGUGCUUUUGCUCCCAGGACAUGUCGACUUGUCCUUCGGACGGACUGCAAAAUAUUAGUCCUUGCCAGUAUAGUGCGCCAGUCUAUCUUUCCUUUCCGCAUUUCUAUAAGGCGGAUCCUAACCUUCUAGAUGCAGUUGAGGGUUUAAAACCAAACCAAAAACUGCAUGAAACGUACCUCAAGAUUCAGUCAAAACUUGGCGUGCCGCUAGAAGGAAAAGUUCGUUUACAAUUGAACUUAAAAAUCGAACACCAGCCACAUAUCGGUGUCGUGUCGAAUUUUCCUGACAUCGUGUUCCCAAUUAUGUGGCUGGAAGAAGGUAUCGAGGAGCUGACACCCCCUAUUCGCCGGUGGAUUUAUUUAGCGACAACAUUCUGCGAUAUUGCUGUGCCUUGUACCUCGUAUGGAUUAAUUCUAGUCGGUAUAAUAAUCAUAAUUACCGUUUCUGCGAAGGCCUACAACAACGCGGUAUUCACUCACGAAGCGAUCGAGUUAGGUAAACGGACCAUCAGAAGAGGCUCGAUGUUGCUGGUGAAUGGACAACACAGAUUGUUAGUCACACGAGAUUCAUACGUUCUGCUUAAUAACAGUACCAACGAAAAGCCAGAAAGGAUAGCGGUGUAGUGCUUGUAGUAAAAAUUUUUGUGAAUAAU